GAUUGGUCUUAUUCACCACCACAUCCUGUUGUAGCAAGAGAUAGUUAUGAAGCUAAGAUUCUUAAGGACAGACUGAAUCUUCCUUCAAAUUACUAUGAGAAUGGAAAUUUUCCAUCAGUUCCACGCCAUGCUCAUGACGUACUUGCAUCAAACCUUGAUGACUCCAAAUCUAAUGGGAUAAUCAAGAAGUUUCUAAAAAUCUUGGUUCUAGAAAUAGGUGAACAAAAUUUUGAUGACGCAGCAUCAAAAUUUUGUUUCACCUUUAUCGAGUGGCAGCAUGUUCUUUGGAUGAGGAUCAACAAAUUGUUCGAGGAUUUGCAGAGAAGAGUGAAAAAUGAUGAGAUUGAUAAGAUUUUUGCUGCAAUGACGGUGAGAGAUGUUCAAAAAGUGUGGCAGCAGUUCCUCAUUAACAUUAAUAUUCCUGCAAUUUGUGAAGACUCUACCAUCGCUAAUAAUUUUAAAAAGUUACUUUCUGAUGUAGUUCACACUCAAGCAAUAUUUUUUAACUUAAAUAAUGACUUGUACACCAUCAAUUUGAAUGUUUUAACUCUUAGUAGUUGGAAUGUUGCAUCAUCAAUUGAUUUAAGUCACUACAACUUUAUGGCUCAAAGAGGUCCCGAAGCUAUUGAAUAG